CUGGGGAGCGCCGUGCGGGGCGGACAUGCCAGCGAUCCUGCUCUUCUGGAGCCGCGCGGAGAGGUACCGCUGCCCUCCCUUCCCCGGCAAACAAACUUUUCUGCCCUUCCUCGCUCCCCACGCCCGCCUCGCUCCCGGGUUUCCGGGCCCCGGGCUCCCUCCGUCUCUCAGCCCGGCUCUCGGGGCUCGUUUGCAGGGACGGGGUUCUUUCCCGUCCCAGCCGGGAGUCUGCAAAGGGGGGGGCUUCGUUUGCUUGCGGGAGCCACGGGACGAGCCAGGGAGCGCGGGCUGGGAGGAUGAUUCCCGUUAUCCGGGGCAGGCAGCCGGGCGUGCCGGGGAGAGCUCGCCCGUGUGCCCGCAGGGGACCGUGCUGGCAUCCCGGAGCCGCCCCGACGCCGGGGUGACGGGAGCCUUCGGGGUAUCGGUGAAAGCGGCUGCACCAAGACAGCAAAGCGUUUGGGAGCCGGCUGCCGGGGAGGGGAGGGGAGGGGAGGCAGGGCUGCGAGAACAGCGCAGACACGUUUAACCUUGAGUCUUCCCGGGGAGGACAACCGGGUCUCGAGCAGCGAACGUGACUUUUCUCCGACUUCGCCGCGUCCCCGCUUUGCCCGUCUCUGAUUUGUCUGCGGGGAAAGCGGCGCUGACACGGCGGAGACGUCAAGCCAUUCGUUUCUGAUGCAGCCCGGGGACCGCCAGGUCCCCGUCCUACCGGUCGGGCAGGGAGCCGUCGCGGUCUCCCGAGGGCGGGUCGUUGGGACGCGGGGUCCCGCCGCGCUCGGAGGCUGGCCUCCGGAGUUACGGGGCCGGCGCUUGCGUCGCUCAGUCCGAGGAAACGGCGAGAAACCAAUUAGAGGAAAAUUGCCGCUUGUCAAGUGACUUCUUCUUUGAAUGGUUUCUUCCCCCGUGCGGGCCCGGGGAGGGGAUUGCCGGAGCGCGCACAAAGGAGAGCGCGUCUACCCAGGACACCGGCUGCGAUCUGAGCCGCGCUGCCUGUCCUCGGAGCAGAGUUCGGCACGGUGGUUCCCGCGGAUGGGAAAUGCCUCGUUCUCCCUCGACGCGCCGCUCCGCUCGCAGGUGUUGAGCCGAGCCCCUCGGCGCUGCUGGCCCGCGCCGCGAGCAAGCGAGCGAGCUCCUCUCUGCGUCCCGUCCGGUCCCGUCCCGCCGGCCAGGCCAGGCAGGGGUCUGUUUGGGUAGCCCUCAGCUCUGCAGGGGUGAAGCAGCUCGUUGCCAGCAUUGAUGUUUAAAAUAAAGCUGGAGCCUUUAAAAAUGACGGCCUGGACUCUGAAUGCGUUCAUGAAGUUUCGCUCUUACGCGGCGAGAAGCACUUACCGCAGCUGAACAUCAAUCGCUCCCGGGAACAAAGCGCUUGAAGUUCUCCUAAGGUGAACGGCACGGCGCUCACGCCCCUGCUGCCUUUCCAGCCUCCGCUGGCGCGAGGCCGAGACGUCCGGCCCGAGGAAUAAGUACUCGGCUGCGGGCAGCAACGCCGUCAUGGGGAAGGACUAUUACAAGAUCCUGGGCAUCCAGUCCGGGGCCAACGAGGACGAGAUCAAGAAAGCCUAUCGCAAAAUGGCCCUGAAGUACCACCCCGACAAGAACAAGGACCCCAACGCGGAGGAGAAGUUCAAGGAGAUCGCGGAGGCUUACGACGUGCUGAGCGACCCCAAGAAGCGGGCCGUCUACGAUCAGUAUGGGGAGGAAGGUCUCAAGACUGGUGGCGGUUCCUCCGGCAGCUCAGGGAACACUUUCCACUACACCUUCCACGGGGACCCCCAUGCCACCUUCGCCUCCUUCUUCGGCGGCUCCAACCCCUUCGACAUCUUCUUCGCCAGCAGUCGUUCGCGGAUGUUCAAUGGCUUCGAGCAGGAGGACAUGGACAUCGACGAUGACGACGACCCGUUCAGCGCCUUCGGCCGCUUCGGCUUCAACGGGCUCAGCGGCGUCCACCGGCGGCACCCGGAGCCGCUGCACACGCGCCGGAAGGUGCAGGACCCACCCGUCAUCCACGAGCUCAAGGUGUCCCUGGAGGAGAUCUACCACGGCUCUACCAAGCGGAUGAAGAUCACGCGGCGGCGGCUGAACCCCGACGGACGCACCAUGCGGGCUGAGGACAAAAUCCUGAACAUUGUCAUCAAGCGAGGUUGGAAGGAAGGGACCAAAAUCACCUUCCCCAAGGAGGGCGACGCCACGCCAGACAACAUCCCCGCCGACAUCGUCUUCAUCCUCAAGGACAAGCCGCACUCGCACUUCAAGCGGGAUGGGACGAACGUGGUCUACACGGCGGCCAUCAGCCUCAAAGAGGCGCUGUGCGGCUGCACGGUGAACAUCCCCACGCUGGACGGGAGGGUCAUCCCGCUGCCCUGCAACGACAUCAUCAAGCCCGGCACGGUGAAGAGACUGCGAGGGGAAGGGCUGCCCUUCCCCAAAGCCCCCACCCAGCGGGGAGACUUGAUCGUGGAGUUCAAAAUCCGCUUCCCGGAUAGGAUAGCGCCGCAGACGAGACAGAUCCUCAAACAGCACCUCCCGUGCUCCUAGAGACGCGGGGCGCCGGGACCCGGCAGCAAUACGUCUCGCCCGUGCCGCGGCCUCCGCGGAGCACAGGUGCCCGAGCGCACUUGCACAUGCAAAAAAAAACCCCUUUCCUGUCCCAGGUCCUGCCCCCUUCGCCUGCCCUCUGUCGUCUGCACCGGCCGCGCGGGGCGCGGGGGCCCGGGCUCCUGGCCGUCUCUUGCCGGUUCUCUUGGCUGCGAUUGUUUCUCUAGGGGUCUAGCUUCGCCGCCGCGCCCAGGGAGGUUCCUCACACCGUGGUUUUGAUCUCGCACGCUUCGACGUCACUGCACUAGUGCGGGCGGCUUCAUGCACUGUAAAUAGGACCUUGUGUCUCUGCUGCCAAGCUCGCCGCAGCUGGGUCCCCGCCGGGACCAAGAGACCGGAGGAGUCCCGCAGGCGCGUGGGGCGGAGAUGCUGCAUCCACGCACCCUAGCUGCUGUCUGGUGUGGACCCGCGGCAUCCGUUGUUCGCUGCGGUCCUUUCUGCCGUGCUGAGAUCACCGGGGGGUGGACUGUGCCCUAUGAAAACGCAACACUUCCAAGUGGUCGGUCGCGGCCGCCGUCCCCCCUGCACCCUUCUCGCCGCCUUCGCGGCUCAGCAUCCACUUUGGAGCGCGUUAGACCGGCAUCCCAGGCUGCGGGGUGCCGAGGUGCAUGCAUGAAGGGAACAGAAGGGGUAGCGUGGCGGUCUGUGGGGGCGAGCUGUGGUGGCGAGGCAUGUUGAGUUUGCAUUGCUGCUUUUCUGUAUAGACUCGCAGAGGGUUUACUCUGCCCGCUGUGGCUUUCCUCGAGUGGUUUGUUCCUGACUCUUGCAGGGAUCAAUUCAGCCAUAGGGACGUCGUGUCUGCUGGAGCAUGAGCUGCGUGGAGUACGAGGGUGGGUGUGAAAGCAGAGCCGUGGGGUCUGCUGGCAUGGAAGGGGUGGAGUAGCCAGAGGGGUGUGCAUGUGUGUGCCCUUUCUACAGAAGGGGCAAGUCGAGGCUGUCUUUCUGGGAUGUGGGGAGCAGCGCCAGGCAAGCUGCCCGAGCAGGUUGGGUUUUAAAUGCCAUAUUUUUUUAAACUUUGGAUUCCCGCCGGGAGAGUUUUUAUAUUCCUCCCCUUCCCGGCAUCUCCUUCGCACAACAACCCCGCUUGGGCACGGUGUGGAAGCUGAUCUUCCGAAGAGGCAGGGCGAAGACAUUGCCAAAAUCGUGCCCCCUUGGUCUGCAGCGAGGGGCUCCUUCGCGACCCUGCCGGGCUGGCGCUGAGUUCGCUUCCUGGCUAAACGGCUCCAGGCGCCCGCGUGCGUCUCAGGGAGGGUCGGGGCAGCGCGGCGUGCGGUGUACAGAUAUAGAUGUACAAUUAUCGUGUGUACAGAAGCCUGCGGUCACCCCGUGGAGAAGCGAUGAUCUCAGGAGCACAAAGGCGCAGGUGAGGGGCGCGGGGUCGAGCGGCUGUGUCUUUCUUGGG